AAGAUGAUAACAUCGUAAUGCAAAAUGAAAUAAAAUCAGACACAGAGAUGUCAACAAGCAACAAUAAACAAGAAAGUCAAUCAGAACAUCAAACGAUAUCAACUGAGGACAAGUCAAAUAUGGAACAUGAAAACAUACCAAUGGACUCACUUGCAAAUAAAGAGAAUGAACAAGAUUUUACUGUGGUUUCUAGAAAAAAGCAUAGAAAUAAAAGCAGAAUCGCAAUCCCAAAAGUGGAAAGAAUUACAGUCCUAGGGACAUCAGCUCCCUAUACAAAAGCCAGAGGACUGCAAUAG